CUACCCACCGUUCGUCAUUCGCCGCUCUAUUCGUCUCGGAUUUGUUUUCGAUUAGCGAUUCCAAUGGCUCCAAAGGCGGAGAAGAAGCUCGCUGAGAAGAAGCCCGUCGCCGAGAAGUCGGUGGAGGAGAAGGAGAAGAAGGUAGAGGUGUCCGAGAAGGCCGAGAAAACGCCGGCGGGAAAGAAACCGAGGGCGGGAAAGAGCCUUCCUGCAACAAAAGAAGGCGUCGCUCCUGGCGAUAAGAAGAAGAAGAAGAAGGCCAAGAAGUCCUCCGAGACUUACAAGAUUUAUAUCUUUAAGGUUUUGAAGCAGGUUCACCCAGACAUCGGGAUCUCUAGCAAGGCGAUGAGCAUCAUGAACUCCUUCAUUAACGACAUCUUCGAGAAACUUGCUCAGGAGUCUUCGCGACUCGCCCGAUACAAUAAGAAGCCGACUAUCACAUCUCGGGAGAUCCAGACUUCGGUUCGCCUCGUUCUACCCGGUGAGCUCGCUAAGCACGCGGUUUCUGAGGGCACCAAGGCUGUUACCAAGUUCACCAGUUCUUGAUCUGGUUUGUUAAUUCUACGGUCUUGAUGUGUAAUUUUCUUGUUUUUCUGGGAAUGCUUCUUUUAAACUUUCUGGUCCUAAGAUUCUGUAAUUAGUAGUAGAACAUGUUUCGCAUGUCUACGUUUUAAUUUGUUCUUGGUUAUACUUUCGCAGCGGAAACAUUUUCUAUGAAAAGUCUUUUCUGGUAGCUGCUUUAUUAUUUCUGUUAUUGAAUAUUUCGAUCGUUGUAAUUGUUUAUGCUAA